UCAACAGCAGCAACAGUGAGUCAGACACCUCGGUAGCUUAGGACAAAAGAGACGAACCAAUAAAGCUCUUUAGACGCUUUCAUAUAGCCACUGUAUUUUAAACCCACUUCUGUCGUCUAGUUAGUUAUCCGAUUUAAUUUCAUAUUUACGGUGUUGUUGUUAUUAUUAUUCAACUAGCAGGCUGGUUCAGUUAGCAUUAGCCUAGCUAGCUAACAUAUCAGACCAUGAGUUCACUAAGCUACUCUCCUGAUAAAGAAGAGGAGAUCUGCUGGACGGAGAAAGAAGCUCUCGUGAAAGAGGAGGAGGAAGAGGAGGCUGUUACAAUACAAAAACAAGUAGACGGUGAGGCUGUUGCAGUGAAAGAAGAAGAGAAAGAUGCCUUCAGAGUGAAAGAGGAGGAGGAUGUUACAGUAAAAGAAGAGGAGGAAGAGAAAGAGGAGGGUGCAGUUUUUGGAGUGAAGGAGGAGGAGGGGGAGAUGACUGUCACAUCGAAAGAGGAGGAGGAGGAAACUGGAUAUCUGGGCCCGUUUUCCCAAACGCAACUUAAGGCAUCCAAUGGUAACGAUGAAUUUAGCCUUAAGAUGGUUUUGAGAAACCGUUCCCUGAUUAACACUAGAGAGAGACUUGACUAUCAUGGAUCCUCUGGGGAGCCUGAACAACAACAUGGUGCAGAGCAGAGUCUCUCCACAUCAGAACAUUUCAAUAAACACCAGCGGACACCCACAGGAGAGAAAUCUAACCACUGCUCUGUCUGUGGGAAGAGUUACUCAAGAUCAGAUUCAUUGAAAGCACACCAGAGAAUUCACACUGGAGAAAAAUCUUAUAGCUGUGAUCAAUGUGGGAAGAUUUUUGCUACAUCAAGCAAGCUGACUAUACACCAGAGAAAACACACAGGAGAGAAAUCUUUCCACUGCUCAGACUGUGGGAAGAGUUACUCAAGAUCAGAUUCACUGAAAGCACACCAGAGAAUUCACACUGGAGAGAAACCUUAUAGCUGUGAUCAUUGUGGGAAGAGUUUUACUACAUUGAGCCAGCUGACUUUACACCAGAGCAAUCACACAGGAGAGAAACCUUACAACUGCUCUGACUGUGGAAAGAGUUUUGUUUUAUCAGGAUAUUUAAAAUCACACCAGAGAAUACACACAGGAGAGAAACCGUAUAGCUGUGAUCAAUGUGACAAGAGAUUUAGUCACUCAAGCAGCCUGAUUGUACACCAGAGAACACACACAGGAGAGAAGCCUUAUAGCUGUGAUCAAUGUGGGAAGAGUUUUACUGAAUCUACUCAGCUGACUAAGCACCAGAGAAAACACACAGGGGAGGAAAUAUCAUCAUUCUUGUGACUGGAAAGAGUUUUGUUUUGUCAGGACUUUUAUAAUCACACCAGACGAGACACACAGGAGAGAAGUCUCAUAGCCGAAAACAACAUGACAAAAGACACUCUGAUAAAAUAUCUGAUGAAACAUCAUUCAUGAAGGAGUUGAAUGCUUUUAACAUUGUAGUAGGAGUAUUCUAAUGAUGUCACAAUGUAGAACCCUAAACGUUUGUCCCCUGUUCUAUUGAUUUCAGCAUGAUGUGGAUAUUAGCCUCAUCAGGGGGAAAAUCCAGGUUCUGAAUUGAAAGAGUACUAUUUAUUUGAUUAACAAAAAAGAAAGUUGUGUUGCACUAUUUUAGUUUUUUUAAUCGUCUUAUGUUUUGUUGUGUAGUAAAUAUUUCAGUUUUAAUUUUCAUUGUUUUUAUUCGUCCAUGUCUGAA